AUGGCGAUCUGUACUUAUAACGCACGUACGCUUGCAUCGGAAGCGGCCAUCGAAGAUCUGAUGAUGCAAGCCAAGAAGAUCAAGUACGACGUCAUCGGACUGACCGAGACGAGACGACGUCACCCUCUCAACGCCGUAUAUGAAUCUGGAAAAGAACUGUUCUUAGGAACAUGCGACAGUAGAGGUGUUGGUGGAGUUGGCGUCCUCGUCAACACGAGUAUGGCAAAGAACAUCGACUCUUUUGAACAACUUACGACCCGAAUCGGACGUCUGCGGAUGAGAAGAUGUGGCCCAAUACCAGCUUUGACUAUCUUCGUCGCUUACGCUCCAACAUCAAGCUACGAAGAAGAAGAAGUCGAAGCUUUCUAUAUGGACCUGGAGAAGUUCUACCGAGAAGAUCAUGCCUUCUACAAGGUCAUAAUUGGCGAUUUCAACGCCAAAGCUGGCCCGAAAAGAACGCAUGAGGAAAUUCACAUCGGGACCAACAGCCUACAAUGGAAUGAACAGGGAGAGAGACUCUCCGAGUUCAUCAUGACGACUAAGACCAUCCAUGGGAACUCGCAAUUGCAGAAGCCCUCCUCUCUACGCUGGACGUGGGAGUCACCCGGUGGAGGGUACCGUAAUGAAAUAGACCACAUCAUCGUCAAUAAAAGGUUCUGGCUGACGGACGUCGGUGUUGUACCAAAGUUCUAUACGGGAUCGGACCAUCGCCUCCUCCGAGGAAGAUUUUCCUUCACAAGGAGAGCAGAGAAAGCCGCCAAGUUCAGAGAGAGAAAUCCCAGGACUACCAUCAACUGGGAUCUCUUCGCUACGCUAGCCGGCUUUUGGGAAGAUUCCGCAAUGGACAACAUCGACGAGGAAUAUGACCGGCUUGUCGAACACCUUCACGACUGCGCGAAGAAGGCUGAGAGUUUUAAAACCACCAAGAGACGCCUGUCUCUUCAAACUCUUGUGCUGAUACGCCAGCGUGGAGCAGCACGAGCCGCAGGGAACGAAGAACUCACGUCCGAGCUCGCAAGGCUUUGCAGAGAGGCGAUAAAGGAAGACCUUAAAGAGAAAAGAGCAGAAGUGCUGGCUGAAGCUGCAGAGGCGGGGAAAAGCAUCCGCUAUGCCCGUCGAGACUUCGCCAGUCGCAAGACGAGGAUGACUGCUCUCCGGAACCCAAAGGGAACAGCCAUUGCAUCGAGAAGGGAGAUGGAGAAAAUCAUCUACGACUUCUACUCUGAUCUCUUCGACAGCCAUGUCCACUUGCCUUCUCACCAUCUGAGAGAAGAUGGACAAGUCUUUCCAGAGAGCCUUCCGCCAGUACUCAUCAACACCCUGGCGUGGCCCUUUACGCGUUAUCUGUCGGAAUGCAAGGUUCCUAAACAGUGGAAGACCACCAAGACCGUGUUGUUGUAUAAAAAGGGAGAUCCGCAUGACAUCGGCAACUAUCGUCCAAUCUGCCUACUGUCCGUCAUCUACAAGCUCUUUACAAGAGUAAUCCUUAAUAGGAUUGAAAAAGUCUUGGAUGAAGGACAGCCAUGCGAGCAAGCAGGGUUUCGAAAAGGAUUCAGCACGAUUGACCACAUUCACACUGUUUCGAAACUCAUCGAGGUAUCACGAGAGUACAAGAUGCCGCUCUGUCUCACCUACAUCGACUUAAAGAAGGCCUUCGACUCGGUUGAGACGAAAGCGGUCGUGGAAGCCUUGGACAACCAAGGCGUCCCUACUCAGUAUAUAAAGGUAAUUUGA